GGUACCAAGACACUUGUGGUUGGGCGAGGCCAAGACCAAGGGCUGCUUUUUGAACCGCGUAGGGUUCUGGGUAGCAAAGGCCGUGGAAGGGUCUUAACUGAAAGGGGGAGGGGAGAAGGUCGCCAACAAACGGCUGAGCUUACAAUCCGGGCCGGGAGUAGGCCGGGGCGUCCCCCUCCCCCCAUGGAGAGAGCCAGGCCGGAGCCGCCGCCUCAGCCGCGCCAACUGCCGCGGGCGACCCCGCCGCGCCCGCUGCGCCCCGCUCCGCCCCCGGUGGCUGUCGAGGGCGCCUUUUUUCGGGCAGCGGCCGCGGAGCCCUCUGCGUCGCCGCUCGCCCCGUGCGCGGCCGCCAUUGUGACGUUAGCCUCGUCGUGCGGGGAGGCUCCGGCGUCGGGCGUACAGCCCGCGGCACGGCGGGUACUGCAGGUGAACCCGGAGCAGGUGUUACUGCUGCCGCCUGGGCCACCACUGCUUCAGGCCCGGGAGGAAGGCGCAGCAGCCUCUCCCGCGCAGGCGCGGCUGCUGCAGCUGAGGCCCGAGCUGCUACUGCUGCCGCCGCCGCCGCCGCCCGACGGCUCCCCCUGCAGGCCUCAGUUGCACCUGGGGCAGCCCCUGCCGGUGCACGUUAAGGCAGAGAAGCAGGAGCUGGACCCCAGCUUGGAUCCGUCAGUGGGACCUCGGAGGGCCGUCAAGGCGGGCCCUAAGGCCUCCAAGGCAGCGAAGGCAGGAGGCCCCAGGCCGGCCAUCGACAGCCCCCGAGGGGACGAGAAGGGCAAGAUGGAGGAAGAGGAGGAGGUCAUGAGCUACACGGCGGCGAAAGGAGGGGAAGGCAAAAGCCUGGCGGCUAUCAGCGAAGGAGUCAUCAAAACGGAGGAGCCUGAGAGACUCCGCGAGGACUCCAGGCUCGGCACAGAGCCCGCGUCCAGUGGCCUGGUCCAUGGCAGCAAGGAUGUCAUCCUGACCCAGCCGUCCAUUGCCUUUGGGCCGCACCAGCAAGACCUCAGGAUCCCUUUGACUCUUCCUACCGUGCCCCCUGGAGCCCGGAUCCAGUUUCAGGGACCUCCACCUUCAGAGCUGAUAGGAUUGACCAAGGUCCCCUUGACACCAGUGCCUAUUAAAAUGCAGUCCUUACUGGAGCCUUCUGUAAAAAUUGAAACCAAAGAUGUCCCACUCACCGUGCUUCCCUCAGAUGCAGGAAUACCAGACACUCCCUUCAGUAAGGACAGAAAUGGUCAUGUGAAGCGACCCAUGAAUGCAUUUAUGGUUUGGGCAAGGAUCCACCGGCCAGCACUAGCCAAAGCUAACCCAGCAGCCAACAAUGCAGAAAUCAGUGUCCAGCUCGGGUUAGAGUGGAACAAACUUAGUGAAGAACAAAAGAAACCCUAUUAUGAUGAAGCACAAAAGAUUAAAGAAAAGCACAGAGAGGAAUUUCCUGGUUGGAUUUAUCAGCCUCGUCCAGGGAAGCGAAAACGCUUCCCUCUAAGCGUUUCCAAUGUACUUUCUGGUACCACACAGAAUAUCAUCUCUACAAAUUCAACAACAGUUUAUCCUUAUUGCUCACCUACCUACUCUGUGGUAAUUCCCAGCCUACAGAACCCCAUCACUCAUUCAGUUGAUGAAGCUCCACCUGCCAUCCCGCUGCCCACACCUGCAGUCCAGCGCCCAAGCCCCAUCACAGUUUUCCAGCCAAGCAUCUCCAGUACUGCCCAGGUGGCUGUCCAGGCUCCAAGUUUGCCCCUCUGUCCACCACUCCUACCCCAGUGCUUUGCUGGGCCCUCCGAAACGGACACUCAUCAGCUGCAUUCUGGAGCCAGUCACUCUGUGAAGAGACCCACUCCUGUCUUUCUGGAGAGCACCAGCAGGAUUCCAACUAAUGCAAGUACUGCCCACGCCAGAUUUGCAGCCUCUACCAUCCAGCCUCCCGAGGAGUAUCCCAGCAUCUCCACUUGUCCCAGAAGUGCUCCAAUCCCCCAAGCUCCUCCUAUUCCACACUCACAUGUUUGCCAGCCCCCUCCCCUUGGCCAUGCAGCCACAUUAUUUGGGACGCCACCGCGAUUCGCUUUUCAUCACCCUUACUUCCUACCUGGACCUCACUACUUCCCAUCAAGCACGUGCCCUUAUAGUCGGCCUCCUUUUGGCUAUGGAAAUUUUCCAAGUGCAGUGCCAGAAUGCCUUGGUUAUUAUGAAGACAGAUGCCAGAACCAUGAGGCUAUGUUUUCAGCUUUAAAUAGAGAUUAUCCUUAUGGAGACUACCCAGAUGAACGUGCUCACAGCGAAGAUUUUUGGAGUUGUGAGAGCAUGGAUGGGACCUCUUACUGUAACAGCCAUAGCCACAGUGGGGAAGAAUACUUAAAUCUCGUGCCUCAGCUGGACACUGGAGCCUUGGAAAGUGUCUUCACAACCCCGACAUCAACUCCCUCUAACAUCCAGCAAGUCAAUGUCACUGACAGUGAUGAUGAGGAAGAAGAAAAAGUGCUCAAGAAUUUAUAAUUAUAAAACAAAUAUGUGCAGAAAAUAAAUAUUUCUUAAAAUAUAUUCUGGGUCACUUGAUGUGAAAAAAAGAGCCUAGAAUGCUUUGCUGAGAGUUUUCAGCUGUGAUCUGAGGAGUCAAAACCAAAUGCAAUUUAUGCCUUCAUAAACUUUUGAUUAGUGAAACUGGAAUCCUGAUGUUUCAUCGUAGGAAUAUUUAAGAUAUGAAGUAGUUUAUUUUUAUGGCUGAAAUUUGCAUCAGCGUAUAUUAUCAUCACUUUAUCUUGGAACGUGCAAAACACUGAAUCCUCACAAUUAUAUGUGAGGGGAAAGGGGGUGUGUAAUCUGGCAUGACAAGUGUGAUUUGUAUUUUAUCUCAGGAUACAUUUAUUUUUCUUUAUAUGAUGUUUUGUUUGGUGUUUAUGUAAUACUUAUGGAUGUUUCACUUUUUAUGUAACAUUUUGAAAAUAUUUUGAUAACUUUUAGUAGUAAAUUGGGACUCAGUUACUAAAUUUAAUUUACACUAAUAACCAAUUAUAAGUUGCAAAUAUGUUUUAAUGGAACCUGAGUAAUUCCUUCAGCUAAAUUAGUCAUUUCUGUUCCUAAACAUUUUCAUCAUCUUUUUUGGAUAUCUUUUUACAUUUGGUAUGCAUUGUUCUACUUUUUUUAUAAUUAAAUAAACAUAGAGAAAAUUGUUCUUGUUGGAUGUUUUCUGUUUGGGAGACAGAAAUAAGCAAAAUGAGUAUUGCUCAAAUGAGAAUGGGUUCCAUACCACAUACGAUAUUCAUUUUAACUUAAUAGUCUCUAGAAUUGUACAGAUCCUAUUAGCUUACUUGAAACUGUAUCAGCAAAGAUGGUGUACACAUAUUAUGAUGCCAUUUCCAAACUCUUUACAGAUGUGUACCUAUGACUUAAACACUCCCUAAAUGGAAGAGCUCUUCCAGAUUUGGUUCAAGCAGCUGUCUUUAAAACCAUGGAGUUCAUUUAAGAGCACCUGGAAUUUGUUUAAUUCAUAAUGAGCAAAAAAAUCCUAUUUGCGAUGUGGCCUCUGGGUAAAUGCCCACUUAUGGAUGGAGAGAACCAUAUUAGAACAGGAUCAGAACCACCAGAGUUGGGAUCAGGGUAAAAGAGAUCUACAAGACACAAAGUGAACUGAUGAUCAGAAAUCACCACAAACCAAUACACUUUUCUCUCAAUGAUCUGUAUAAUUUAUGCAAAUUGAGAUCUUUUACUUAAAACUGCUUGGAAGUUAUGUAUGGAAACCUAUACUAAGCUUCCAACUUCUUCCUUUACUAAACCUGUUCCUUAAGCAAAGGCUGUUACUGUAUGAUACAUUUCAUCAACCAUAUACUUAAUUGUAUGUAACAUUUCCUCUUCCCAAUAAAAUUUUUAUUUUCACA